CGGUAUCAAUCAGUUCAAUAACUAUUUUCUGUUGACAAAGAUAUGCCACUCUAGCCGGGAAUAACUCGUUGUUCCAAUUAUUGUGAUUAAUUCCAGAAUAUUUCGUCAAGCUUAGUUAUAACGUAAAAACUACUUUCCCGUCAGCUGUGACGAAUUCCAGUGAGGGUAACACGUGGAUAAAAUAACUGAUUCGAUAAUUUCGUUCCAGUUGGAGAAUUUUCAAGGGCGUUACAACGAGUGAAAGAAAAAGAAAGCAAUAAUCGAAUCUCCCAACGUAUGACGUUAUUAGUCUGAAAAACAGACGUGAGAAGUGUUUCUCAAAAUGUGUCAGUUCCCUAUUUCAUUGGCCACAAAUAUUUCUCUUUUUCUUUGGAUUUCCAAUUGUGUCUUAUGUGGUGAAGUUCUGAAUAUUUUGAAACAACAGUCUGUCAGCCGAACCAGGUCAACUGCCAUAUUUUCAUCUUCCCAUAUGCCAAAAAUUUCCCCAUACCGAAAUGUUUUCCAUUUAUUUUUUACGGCCGAGCCUGCAGUUUUCAUCUUCUCAUGCACAGCCUUUAAUUAGAGACCGGAAAGACUUUCGGCCGUAAAGUAUCGUACUAGACAACACUACGACAACACAAGACCACAAGAAUAGAAACAACCAGUUUAAAUUUUUCGGCAUAGGAAAUGAAUUGAAAGAGGCGCAUCUCCAUUAAGUUGAAUUAUUGUUGAACUAGACAUGCAACUAGACAUGCAAAUAAAGGUCACCUAAAGCUGACGGGAGUUUGGAAAUGAUUUCCCGAAUAUGUAUACAUACAUAAGAAAAACCAAACGCGGUUGAGAGCCUCUUUGUUUAAGGAAAUUUGAUUCUAAACCGAUCGGCAGCCGUUCCAGAACGGCAUUUGGCAAUUUGUGGGCAUUACGUGUUAUUGGGCUUGUUGGAUGGCGACACGACAUUCUCCGACAUGGUAUUCUCAUCUAGGUGUUCCACUGAUCAUCAUUAUCGCACUCAACGUUGUCGAAAAACUGCCUCAUUCGAUGCAACCUGAUCAAAAUGAAUUUGACAAUGAGGAGCGCUACAUGACCACGGCGGAUAUUAUUCGCAAACGUGGAUUUCCUUUGGAAGUGCAUCAGGCGGUGACGGAAGACGGAUACAUCCUUGAACUUCACCGGAUACCGUACGGACGAAAUGGACUUUCACCCAACAAUCGAUCGAGGCCUGUUUUUUUGCAGCAUGGUCUUUUGUGGAAUGAUCACGCUUGGAUGAUGAACCCCACCAAUAGUUCACUGGCUUUCAUUUUAGCGGAUCAUGGCUAUGAUGUCUGGAUGGGAAAUUCAAGAGGUAACAGUAAUUCGAGGAAGCACGUAUCGUUAGAUCCGGAAAAAGAAGAAUAUUGGAACUUCACGUGGGACGAGAUGGGCCGUUUCGACAUUCCUGCCAGUAUUGACUACAUCCUUAACGUCACUGGACAAGACAAAUUAUCCGCCUAUAUCGGAUAUUCUCUUGGCUGCACGCUCUUCUUUAUAGGCGCAAUCGAUAAGCCGAAACUGAAUAAUCAGGUUGAAAUGAUGAUUGGACUCGGGCCCACGGCCAGCAUUGCUCACCUGGACAAUUUUUACCGUUACUUGGGAAUGGUUGUUAAAUCUUAUCACUUUUUGGUUCGCAUGACGUGCACUACAGUUUUGCAUUCGAACGAUGGGUUUUCCCACAAUUUGCUAAAACUCUUUUGUGAUUCCGGCCGAUUCGCCGCCAAUUUAUGUGUGCACUUGCUCUUCCAGAUUUUCGGAUAUUCGCAAUCAUAUUACGUGUCCGCCCUAAACGCAAUAAUAGGACAUUAUCCGGAUGGAACUUCCAUCGGAGCUGCUGUACAGUUCCUCCAACAUUCAAAUUCCGGUGAAUCAUUUCAUCACUUUGACUACGGUUGCCAUGAAAACCGGAAGCGUUAUGGAACUUGCACCCCAGCACACUACGAUUUAAGUCUUGUUACGGCUCCCGUCUACCUUAUGAGCGGCGAUAAGGAUCCUAUAGCACCGCCUAAGGACGUGCAGUGGUUGGCGACCAAACUGGGCAACUUGAAAUCUUCCACAGAGAUUGAGAGUCCAUUCACCCACGGCGAUUUCUUGUGGUCAACGCGAGCCACUGAGCUAGUUUACCUUCCCAUCAUUAGCCUUCUUUCAACGUCCCAUCUCACUAGUUCUGUAUAAUUUACCACCUUAAUUCCACAAGAAAAAUUUUAUAAUCAGCUCAAAAAUCUGCUCAAAAAUGUGUUGUUUUAAAGGAGAAAUUUUUUUAAGUAUUAUGUAAAAAAGGCAAUUCAAUUUGAGGUGAAUGAUAUGCAUGUUUCUGCCAUUUGCUUGUUAUCUACACUUAAAGAUGGACUUUAUAACCCUUGUUGCGUAAUACUGUCUUUUUAUCCAAGACGAGCCCAUGGCAA